AUGGCAUUGUGGGGCGCGACCGCAGUCGGGAUCUUCGUGGGCUACCGACCACCCAAGAGACACACGCGCCUCGACCACUUGUCUGUUUGGCAGAAGAUCGGCCAUCUGGAUCUUACUGGCAUGGGUCUUCUCACUACUGGCUUGACACUUCUCUUGGUCGGUUUAAACCUGGGAGGAGGCCUCUACGCGUGGACUAAUGUCCGUGUUCUUGCCACGCUGAUCCUCGGCAUACUCGUGCUGAUAUCUUUCGCCCUAUACGAAUGGAAGGGUACGAAGACCGGCAUAAUCCAUCACGAACUGUUCCGGACCAACGAAUAUGCCAAAACUUUUGCUAUUUGCGUGGCGCUUAUCUUCAUUGAAGCCAUCUUGUUGUUUUCAUACAUCAUCUUCUAUCCUGUCGUCAUUAGCAACCUUUUCACUGAAGAUCCCUUCCUCCUAGCGGCUCGUGCCCAGCCUUUCUGGAUCGCUUGCGGCCUGAGUACGAUGGUUUACGGCACCGUAAGUACGAAACUCCGGUCAAUCCGCCUACCGAUGCUCUUCGGCUUCCUUAUCUUCACUGGUGGAAUAGUCGGCCUCUCCACCGUUGAGCCGAACGACUCUACCAACGCCGUCGUAUUCGCUGGCCUGGCCGGCCUCGGCUUCGGAGCGCCCCUCGUGCUUGUUAUUUCCGGCGUACAGCUAUCGACUCCUCACCACUUCAUUGCGACCGCUACGGCUAUCACGACUUCAGCAAGAGCCGUCGGCGCGACGACCUUCACUGCCAUCUUUUCCGCCGCCUUAACGACGCGUCUCGACAAGUAUAUCCCGAACUACAUUGCCAAAGCCGCGGUUGGAGCUGGUCUACCGCAGGCGUCGGUGCCCGCAUUGAUUAGUGCUCUUACCUCUCAUAACGCCACAGCAACUGCUGCUGUCUCAGGUGUUUCACCAGCCAUUCUGGCAGCCAGUGGCGCAGCAGUAAAGCAAGCCUUUGCGGACGGGCUGCGAGUUGUGUACAUCAUCGCCGCGCCUUUCGGCGUGGUUGCGUGCAUCCUAUGCUUCUUCUUCGACGAUUUGAGCCCCGUCAUGAACUAUCGAGUUGAUGCACCUGUGGAAGAUUUGCGUACCAAACGCCAUCAUUGA